AUGAAUCUCACAACUCACAGACGCUACCGUUCUGUGGGGCAUGCACUCGACAGGCAAGUCAAUGACUUGAACUGGAAUUCUGGAAUAAAGGAAAUUGAGGAUUCUGCGAAAAAGGAAGAAUCCGCCAGUGAAGGCGAUGAAGCUGAAGAUGAGGAAGAUGAGAGCGCAGGGAACAUGCCGAUUGAGGCAUCGUCGAGUCAUUACAACUUGAACGCGGCAGGCAACAACAAAGCAGAGUAG